UUCGCGUUCAUUCUCCUCGUGUAUACUAUUGCUGAAGAACAAUAUCGAGGAGUUUAUCGCAGAGUAUGUUGUAGUACGCUUUAUGUUAGCAAUACGAGAAAGGAUUUUUUUUUUUCUCAGAUUCAAAGAAUUAAAAUUUUUUAAUUAAAUCAUGUCACAACCAGAAACUUUCAGCCAGUCAAGUAAUACUUCCCAUGGUAAUACUAACGAAGCUCAACAAGUUUUGGAUGUAUUUUGGGAUAGAGAGAUGGAAGAAAUUAGAAAUCUGGGUGCAAAUGAUUUUAAAAAUCAAGAAUUACCUUUGGCUCGUAUAAAGAAGAUAAUGAAAUUGGAUGAAGAUGUAAAAAUGAUAAGUGCAGAAGCUCCAGUUUUAUUUGCUAAAGCUGCUGAAAUAUUCAUUACUGAAUUAUCUCUUAGAGCCUGGGUACAUACUGAAGAUAAUAAGAGACGAACUUUACAAAGGAAUGACAUAGCUAUGGCAAUUACAAAAUAUGAUCAGUUUGAUUUUUUGAUUGACAUUGUUCCUCGAGAAGAAUUAAAACCCCCUAAACGCCAAGAAGACAAUGUGAGAACAGCCGCUAUGCAUCCAGAUCAGGUACAAUACUACUUACAGUUAGCUCAACAGCAUCAAGCUGCUCUCCAGCAGCAGCAAGCUACAGGAGUGGCUCAAGGUCAACAAGCCCAAAUACAACAAGCCCAGACUCAGAUACAGCUUGUACCAGCAAAUGCAGCAGUACAACAGGUUGCUUCAAAUACUCAAGCCUUAUCUGUUCAGACAGGUUCACCAACAUUUUCUGUUCCAUCUGUUUUGCAAGUUCAAGCUGUACCUACUGAUAAUGCUCAACAGACGGCGCAGACUGCUCAAGUUCAAGUUCAGCAAGUACAAGUGCAAAAUGCACAACAGAAUUCAGCACAGCAAGUGUUACAACUACAGCAGCCAAUGGCAGGUCAAGUUAAUCAAGCAACUGGUGGUAUCCAAAUUGUUCACCAAUUUCUGAACAGCAAUGGUGAAAUACAGCAAAUACCACUCCAGUUAAAUCAAAAUCAACUACAACUGAUACGUAUGCAGAUGCAAGGACAGAAUACUAACCAACCUAUCAUUAUUCAUGCUGCACCUGUACAGCAAAAUGCAGCUCAAGUUCAACAGACUGCAACUCAGGUGAGUGCUGAGAACGUAUGGAAUGGGGUUAGUUCACAUGAACCCCAAGAGUUUAACCAGGGGACUGUGUUUCAACAAGCUAACCAACAUCUAACACAGCAGCAACAAGCACAGACUGUAUAUCAGAUACAACAAGUAGCUCAACCAUCUGGACAAGUUGCUACAACUGCUACACCUGUAUUCCUCACACAGGCACCUGGAGGGGGAACAGCAACAGUUCAAAUUCAAGCAGUUACUACUGACCAGCAUUCUUCUACAGAUGAAGAACAGCAACAGUCAUAGGUCAAAAGUAUACAAAAUAAUUGUCCACUGACAAGUGUUCCUGUACAUAAUAUGUGAAUUUUCUGUACCAAAAACUUUUUAGUCAAUAAAAGUGAUUUUAUAA